AUGCCAAGGAAAAGGAGUGUCUCUAGGAAGAAGAAAGCUCCAACAACAAUAACGGACAAUGAUAUUGAUGACAAUCCAGAAGAAGAAGAACAACAACAAAGGGAUACAGCCUCAUCAUCAUCAUCUUCGGAGGAGAAUAAUAAGGAAUCAAGUGCGGAAGAGACUGACAAGGAAAAAUCAACAAGUAAUAUCUUGAAGCAACAAGUGGACGAUAAUACAAUGCUGACUGAUGAAGACGGAGCAAGCACAGCUAAUAACACUUCUGUUGUCUUAGAUCCAAAUGAUCACGAUUUAUCGAGUAGUGAUGAAGGGAAGGAAGAUGAGAUUAAUCAUCCCACAACAACCUCUCCUCUUUUCAGAAGAAGAACCUCAACGGCCAAUAAGAACAAUAAUCAUCGACAAUCAUCAUCAUCUUCACCACCAGAGGAAACAGAUCCAACCUCUCCGUCUAGUCCCUCCACUCUACAGAUAGCAAACCAUUCCCCCUCUAAAACCAACACGACUACAUUAGCCUCCAAUACAAUAACAGCAGCAACUUCUGAAGGUAAUAACCACAAUUCACAAGAUGUUCUCAUUAAAAAGACAAGAACAACACGAAGAAAACCUCUACAAUCGCCCAUCACUAAGAAACAAGACGACAACAAUACUUCAGACAAUGAUGAAGACAAAACAACAACAAUAGAACAACCAUCAGAGUCCUCCAACGAAUCGAGUAGUACAUCCACAGCUGCUGCUGAUACAACAACAUCACUUGCUGAGGAGGAUAAUACAAACAACAAUCAGAUGGAAGACGAUGAUGCCUUCCUCACUCAUAAAUCAGACUAUGAUAGUGAUGAAGUUAUUAUUGAAACUCCAAAGAAGACCAGAGCCAACAAAAGAGGAAGAACACCACUUCCAAAAUCCACUACAAAGGACACAGACGAGCCAAAGAGUACAGAAGAGGCAACAAUCACAACAUCAACAACAUCGGAACCUUCAGCUGAUGAAAAGGAACAAAAAGAGAUGGACACUACAGAGGAAGAUACAACAACAACAUCAGUUGUAAAAAGAACACCAACGAGAACGAGAAUUACCAAGAGUACGAAAAGAAAAGCAGCAGCUGCUGCCUCUUCAUCGGAAAGUGACAGUGAUAAUGAGUCAACCAAAGGUAAAUCCAAACAAAGGAAACUUGAUUCUAGACCACAAAGAAAGAGAGGAAUGGAGACACCAGUUUCACAAAGAUGCAAUCCAACGACACCACAACCAUCUCCAGGUCUUGCAAGACCAAGAAAGUUGGAUGUUUCAAAAAAGUUGCUCAUCUUACGAGGAUCUGAUUUGAAAAACUUGGCAAGUUUGAAAAAGAAAGUAACUGCUGCAAUCAAUGAAGCAAAAAAGGCUGCCAAUAAGGCAAGCCCAAAACGACCUGAUUCAGAUGUGAGCAGAUUGUCAGGAAAUUUGACUGAUUUGGAUUUGAAACUUCUCACAGAUGAGAGUAUUUCUACUGGUACAGUCACUCUCAUUGAUAGUACAAGCCAAUCUAAUAAGAGGUAUUUCAGAGACGCUGACGAAUACGAUGAAUUUAAAGAGUUUAGAGAUGGGACAAUGAUACACAUUGAUAUUCCAAACGUUAGAAUCAUUGAGGAAGAGCCAGCAGGACCACCUUUUAAGAGAACUUCGGAAUUUAUCAAAUAUGAAGAUCCUGAUAGAUAUGAUCGUUCUACAUUAACUCUUAAUCCUAUCCCAGCUCAAGCUGAUUUUGACAUGUACAGUCAUAGAAAGAUUGACAUUUCUGUAGAGUAUAAUAUUGAGAGCGAAGAUGAAGAGUGGCUCAAUAACUAUAAUAAGGAUAGUAGGUAUCCUCUCUCAGAGAAGGAUUUUGAAUCAAUAAUAGCAUUAAUGAAUCGAGCCAGUAAGAAUGGAAAGUCGUGUUGGUUUUCUGUUGCUUCAGUGAUAGAGUUGAGCCGAUUUUUUGAUGUCAGGCUGGAGGAGCGUCACAUUGUACAAGUUAAAAAAUUAUGGGAAUCCAAAUACAACCCACAACACAAGUUGUUCAAGAGUGAAGAGCUUCAGAAACGAAUUGAAAAUGAAAAUUUACUCUAUGAAUACAUGUGUGUAAAACAACAAUUGAAUACAUACAAGGAAAGAGUAGAGCAAAUCAUGGGAAUUUCUGAACAAAAGAAGGAGCUUUUGGACAAACACUCAAAACUAAUGAAGAGAAAGAACUAUAGUGUCACAAAGGACUUUCCAAAAUUUGUAACCAAAUAUUCUAAAUUAACUUAUGAUGAAGAAACGGAAACCAAUUCAGAUGACGAUGAAUCCGGUGACAUUUCAAACAAAUUAGAGGAAGAGCAAAUCCUCAAAGACUCAUUUCCUGCCGAUCAAGUAGAAAUUGAACUUUUCAUUGCUGAAGAAAAAAAAGAGGAAGAAGAGAGAAAAAAAUCCAACCAAAAAGUAACAAAAUCGUGGAAGAACAAGGGGUGUGAUAAUCUGGAAGAGCAACACGAUGAAUCAACUCUCGAAAGUACAGAAUUCAACAGUAGUUCUAAUGAACCUUAUUCUCCACUGAGUUCAGUUCCCUCCUCUCUAGCUUCCCUAAUUAUUCCACCACUUCCUCCCAUUUUAACUAAGAAUUUAUCCAAUAUUCAAACACCUGAAAGUACCUCAACAAAUAUCGACACACCUACCUCUGCAAUUUCCAACUCGGAUGAUCUUCAUUCAACAAAGAGAAGGACCAGAAAAAAGAGAAUGGAUUCUGGGACUCCUACAUCUAAUGUUUCUCGCACUCCAACCUCUGCCUCGAAUAUGGAUUUUCAACAAUCAUUUGACGAAUCUUCCUCGCUGAUCUCAUCCCCAACUCCUUCUGAUAUUGUACCACCACUUCUAGAAGCUUCUUCUCCAUUACCAUCUCCCAAUAAUAAUGGUAACAUGAUGAGGCGAAGAAAAAAACGUUCUAAAAUUGUAAUCAAUUAAUCAAUUUAUUAAGCACACAUCUAGGUAUGCAAAUAAUGUGUUUUUAAUACAGUUUCACAUAAUAAAACACAUUACUUGUUUUUUU